CUCAGCCCGAGAAGAACACGAAACGGAAUCCUAGCAGUGAUGUAAUGUUGGCAAAGAUUUCUUGGCGUAUGGCAACGUCAGGGGAAAAGUGAGACUUUGAGACUACUUUCCAAGACACAGUGACACAAUAAACUUGACGUUUGACCUCUGGGGUCAAGCACAGUGUGUGUGCAGCAUAAACUGAAACCAAGUGUAAAAAAAUGCAGGUGAGAGGCGUCGUGUUCCUCGUGGGGGCUGCCGUCUUGGUGGGACUCGUACUUUUGGUGGAGUUGAGUGAUGGAGCGGUUGGUGCUGUGGGUGUGGCCCCAGCCCGAUCCCCGAUGGCCCCCCAUGCCAGAAAUGUCACGAUUGGAGGCGGCGGUGGUGGUGGCGGUGCGAAUAACAACAAUGGAAAUCGCGAGGGGAGAAAUUUGAGGAGGACGCACCGCUCAAAGUUUCCUCUGAAGGCGGAAGAUCUUCGGAGAAAGUCAAAGCGGACGAGUGAAUGCCGACUGGGGAAAACCGUUCACGAAAUUGGCGACACUUGGAGCCCUGACCUGGGAGAGCCCUUCGGCGUGAUGCACUGCAUCCAGUGUGCAUGCGAAUCGGUACAAAAGAAGCGGAGAAUCGUGGGACGAAUUCGAUGCCGUAAUUUGAAGAGUGACUGCCAGCGACUGGAAUGCUCGGAUGCCAUCAGUGUUCCUGGACAGUGUUGCAAGAUUUGUCCCGACGUUCUCAAGAACAAUUCAGACAAGGGGAAUUCUGACGCAAUCUCGACGGACGACAUGGAUGGGAACGAGAGCAACAACCGAGAAUAUGCAGCACUGCUGACGCCACGGUCUUCGAGCCUGAUAAAGUCCUCGACGGGGCUGGGGGAGCCUGUGAGCGGGGGUCUUGGAGCUGGUCGAUUCAUGUUCCUCCACAAAAGCCUGUACUACUCCUUCGUGCACAAUGCAGGCUUACCGCGCCCUAAAUUCAUCCAGUUUGUCGACCCUGAAGGGAACGUUGUUGAGGAGCAGGAAGUGACGCUCAACAACUACCAAGCCGAGACGAAAAAGAUUUGUGGCGUUUGGCGAAAAAUGCCUCGGAUUUAUAGGAAACUCUUGAAGGAAGAGAAAUUAUUUGCGGCACUAGUAACAGAAAAAAUUGGAUCUGACAACGACCGCUUCCUGGCCGGAAGAGUGGCAAAACAACGCUACGUCACGACUGAGCUGUAUUCCUCCCUCUUGGAACCUGCGUCACAAGCCGGAACUGGAGGCAUGGCUGUAAUCACGGUGUCCCCGUCCACGGGCUCCAUUUACUUGAACGUGGUCUUCAACGGUGACUUUGUGGAGGAGAGAGACAUCACGAUCGCCGUUCGAAUCGCGGAUGCCUCCGGGGUCGGAGUGGAAGAGUCCGUGACCAUGCCCAAAAUCCAGUACGAGUCCAAUUCCAUCGAAGUGAGGACCAUUUUGGAACUGGAGCAGCUUAGCUCGCUCUCACGCGGAACACUCUUCAUCGUCGUGUAUUCACCGAAAAACCCGGAAUUCAAGAUUAUCGGGUUCAUUCAGGCGAGACACACUUGUGACAUUUUUGACACUGUUUUGGGGUCGGAGGACAAUGAGGCGGCGGCGUCCGCGUUGGCAUGGGUGUACCCCUUGCCAGAUGGAUCUUGGGCCUACAACUUCCACUUCCCAGGAAAUGACCACACCGUUUUGUCCGUGAAGCUGGAAACGGGGAGGAAAGUGUUGGAAGAACUUCCCAUCACGCUGCAGGGGAACAAGACUCGCGACGUGGCGAAUGGGAUGACUUCCAGAUAUUUCCAACUCCUCUACGAAGGCAACAUUUACCUCAACGUGCUCACCAACUCGGCCAACCUGCGAGGACGGCUGGCCUAUCGAGGCUUUGGAGAUGCGCAACUGUCGGACGCGCCUCUUCUCUUGGAGCCGAGUCGGAGGUCACCCGCGGACUUGAGGACGCAGGGUCUGAUCUGGCUGGGAGUGGAUUCCGACUGUGCCCUCAACUACCAACUGACGCUGAAUGCGAGGCCGCAGAGCGACAUGAUGAGACUGGAGCUGAUGGAAAUGCCAGGCCUCCAAAUGAAAGGCCUUCCCGUGAGGAGCUACACCCUCGACAACUUCGAAGCGAGUGAACACGAAGGGGUUUUUGGGGAAGUUGCAAAGAUCACAUUUGCCCACAUCAAGGCCGGAGAUGUGCUCUUCCGUGUGAUGCGAGUUAACGAUUCCUCAACGUUGGCGUCCACUACGAUAAAAAACGUUCGAGUGCCCACGUCCUGCCUCCCAUCCGCCGAGAGCAAUAACGUCAUCCAUCCAGACUACACCCUCGAACCGGAGGACGACUCCUCCAUGCCUCUCUCCAACAAGUGCUACUACGACGGCCUGAUUCGCGAAGAGUACUCCCAAUGGACGCCCGUCAACGACACCUGCACCAUUUGCAACUGUUACAAGGGACAAGCAAAAUGCGAGGCAGUUCUGUGUCCCGCCGUCGACUGCGUCAAUCCCGUCCUUCUCACCGGAGAAUGUUGCCGGACUUGUCUGAACGAGAGAACAAAGAAUCGACACUCUGCACCUUCGGGAGGAAGUAGUGCACGAGGCUGCAAUGUGGAAGGUGACCGAUUCCACCCGGCUGGUUCCACGUGGCACCCAUACAUGCCUCCCAACGGCUUCAUGGUCUGCACUACCUGCUCCUGCAACUCGGAAACCUUGGUGGCCGAGUGUACUCGAGAGAAGUGUGCCCCACUGAACUGUCCGUCUGACCAAGCCAUCUACCCGCGACCCUUGGCCUGCUGCAAGGUGUGUCCUCCCAAGAAAGCCAUCGACCCCGACACGAUGCACGACGACGUGGCUCAGUUCGACCUGCAGAGACAGGCCCCUUCGGAGACGGAGGUCUUGGCCGCCGGGGGCUGCAAGUUCAGGGAAGCUCUCUACAAGAAUGGGGAGGAGUGGAGUCAUCGCAUCGAGCCCUUUGGAAACAUCCCCUGCGUCAUGUGCUCCUGCAGAAGCGGGACGACGAAAUGUGGUCGGAAGCAGUGUCCGGCGCUUCAUUGUGAGGUCAAGACGAAGGAGGAGGGCGAAUGCUGUCCGCGUUGUGCAACACCAGAGUCCUUAUCGCGACCCAAGGUUCCUUCCUUUCUCUCCUCGGCACCCAACUUCACGUCGAGACAGCGAAAACCACCCACGCGACAUCGACCCAAGCAUUCUGGACAAUUGUAAGCUGACACUGCAUCAACCCAAGUUAUCCAAACCACGGUGCUCGCAGAGUAAAAACUGCUAUUUAUUGUGUUGAGCAAAUUACUAUUAUUAUGGAAAGUAGAACAUAUUUCUAGACCUGUUAACUUAUUGUUUGUGAAGUAAUAUGAAUCAGAAGUAGUUUUAGAGUUUUAAAUGUUAGGAUGGAAAUCGAGUAGGCUGCGAACCAAGAAAACCGCAGCGGCGGUCGAGCUGAACGUUUACCGUUCUCUUGUUUUUAUACUUGAAUAAGAAUAUUCUGGUGCAAUCUAAAUAUUUUAGUUUAGCCUAGUUUAGCGUGAAGAAAAGAGAGUAUUUAUUGAGAGGAAGGCAGCUGGAUUGUCUUGGCCUUUAUGAAGAGAGGUGGGUGCGCACUGUGGGUAGAGACACCUCCAGUCCGCACCCAGCUCAUCAAUAAUGUAGGAGAUACGGAGAAACUUUUACCACGAUGUGUACCACGACUACGGGUCAACUUUGAUUAAUUACUCCUCCUUAACAUGUAGAUGAUAAUCACACGGAGCUAUCUAUAGACCAUUAUUGUACUUGAAUAAUAAUCUUAACUGUGCAGAAGUUAGUGAAUAUCUCAAUUAUGUAGUACCGUGUCAUAUGCAAAUUCGAGUGAAUGGGAAAUUGUGACGUUUUUAAAUAGACGACACGCUUAUCAGCAAUGAAGUGGGAAGCGUUUCCUCGAAGAAAUGUGUAAAACGUCGUGAUUGAGACUGUGUGUGGGUGGGAGUACUGAGUAGUUUAUAGUGGAAUAAGGAGGAGGAGGAGGAGGAGGAGGAGGCAGUGGCGUCGGACGGAAGUCGAGAUGAGCAGACCAAAGACUGAUUAGGAUAAAAUGUUAUUUUACUAUUGUGCUUUUUUAAAUGUGAACAUUCGUUAAGAGUAAAAAAUUACGGGAGUAAUUAUAGUUAACGAAAGUGUAAAUAGGUGUGAACUCUGCAUUUUAUUAAGUUGCGCUAAUAAUACCGAAACUAAUUUUGCGUGCCAUUUUUAUUCAUUCCGAUCGUGUAUUGAAAAUGAUGAGGAGUACGAGGAACGUUUCCCACCUGAAAUAUUUACUUAAUAUCUAAACUUAGAAAUACCUGCCAGCCACGCAGCUAUUAAAUAAUUACUACUUUGAGCUAUUUACUAGGUUAUUAAAAUCUAUUGCACUUUAUGUAUUCUUAGGUUUGUGAGCUUACAAAACUAUUAAUUACCACGUCACGUGACUGUUACACACUGCUUGCUAAUAAGAUUUUAUGCGCCACAUCGUUAAUAAGAUGAUGAUGCUGUCACUGUUACCGAUGUUAGUAUUAUUUAUUAUAAAGGAAUUCAACACUUGUAUUGUAACGUUAUUGGUUUAUUAUUAUGCAAAUAGGGUAAAAAUGCAUAUUACGCGUGAUUCUCAAAGUGCCAUACAAACGCUGAAAGUAUUUCAAUUUCAUAAAUAAAUAACUAUUUAGGGAAAAUAUGGAGAGAAAAAAAAUGUAUCGAAAAGUUUCUUUCCUUGUUUUCAUUAUUUGUAUUACUGCUGCUACAUAAUUCCUGAUUAAUAUUUUCAAAUAUUAUUAUUACGUGUUAUUUAUCUCAUACUUAAGCUUGUUAUUCUCAUCCCUGCUUUGUUUUUGUUCUUGUUUUAAUAACAAUUUUACUUAAUUGAACCAAGUUUAUUUUUUUAUGCAGAGGUCAUAACUUUAUUUGUUUGCUAUUAAAUAUAAAUAUGUAUGUUACGAGGAUAAUAAAUAAGCAUCAGUAUUGCUGAUUACAUGGUAGGAAAUUAUACUUAAUAAAACAACUGUUGUUUGUGCCGUC